GCUACUCAAUACUGCAGCUAAGUGAAUUCCUGUCUGUUUCCAUGGCGCGGCGCAAGAUCAAAGCUUUAUUUGUUUGCCUGUGCUUGUCGGCUUUACUUCCUCUUCCGGCGAGCUCCCUCUUCUUCAACUUCGACGAUUUCAGCCAAGCGUCCAAUUCAUUGUUGUUGUUGCAGAGCGACGCAAGCCGGGACGGGUCCAGGAUCGUCCUCACCAAAGACCCCAUGCAGUACUCCACCGGCAGAGUGGAGUACGCGGAGCGACUGCGGCUGUGGGACUCUGGCACCGGCGAGCUCACCGAUUUCACCACCAGCUUCUCCUUCGUCAUCGACUCCUCCAACAAGUCGGAGUUCGCCGACGGCCUCGCCUUCUUCCUGUCUUCGGAGCAGACCACGCCCAGCUACUCCCGGGGCGGCUUCCUCGGCGUCUUCACCAACAGAUCCGUCUCCGUCCCCGCCGCCAUCAAGGUGGCCGUGGUUGCCGUGGAGUUCGACACCUUCUCCAACGACUGGGACCCGCCCGGCGUUCAUCUCGGGAUCGACGUCGAUAGCAUCGCCUCUAACCUGACCGUGUCGUGGAACGCCGAUAUCAGGGACGGCAAGACGGCGACAGCGUGGGUGAACUACGACUCCAAAGCACACAACUUGAGCGUGCUUGUGAGCUACGGACUGGACCCGACGACCGGCCUCCCGUCCGCCACCGCCCUGUCCUUCGUCGUGGAUCUGCGAAAGCUCCUGCCGGAGAAGGUGGCGAUCGGGUUCUCGGCUACCACGGGUAACUUGACGGAGACGCACAGCCUUCUUUCUUGGUCAUUCAACUCGACCUUAAAAGAAGUUAAGAAGGUACCAACGGUCGCAAUCGCCGCCAGCAUAGCUGCCGGAGUGACGGCGUUCGUAGCGGUUGCGGGGUUCAUUUGGUGGUUUAUUAUGAAGCGCAAGCCCCCUGUUAGCGAUGUGGUAGACGACCAGGACGAUGACGACGACGAAAACGACGCCAUUGAUGGCAAAUUCGAGAGAGAAAGUGGGCCGAAGAGAUAUCCUUACCAAGAACUCGCCUUGGCGACUAGGAAUUUCGCAGAAGAGGGCAAACUCGGGGCAGGUGGAUUCGGAUCGGUGUACAGAGGCAGAUUGAGCGGCGAGGAUGUAGCAAUCAAGAGGCUUUCCAAAGAGGGCAAACAGGGAAAGAAGGAGUACAUCACCGAGGUCACCAUCAUCAGCCGCCUUCGACACCGCAACCUGGUGCAACUCCUCGGCUGGUGCCACGGCCGCGGCGGCGAGUUCCUCCUCGUCUACGAGUUCAUGCCCAACGGCAGCCUCGACUCGCACCUCCACCGCUCGGCGGAAUGCCUGCAGUGGCCGGCGCGGCACAAGGCCGCGCUAGGGCUGGCGUCGGCGCUCUUCUACCUCCACCACGAGUGCGAACCGGGGGUGGUCCACCGCGACGUCAAGCCCAGCAACGUCAUGCUCGACUCCGCCUUCAACGCCAAGCUCGGCGACUUCGGACUCGCCAGGCUCGUCGCCAACGACGGCCAGUUUCUGCAGACGACGUUGUUGGCGGGGACAUUGCCCUACAUGGCCCCCGAGUACUACCACGACGGCAAGGCCAGUAAAGAAACGGACGUGUACAGCUUCGGGAUCGUGGCGCUGGAGAUCGCCAGUGGGAGGCGGCCGAUGACGGACGCCACGCUGCUGGUGGAGCGGGUGUGGGAGCUCUACGGAAAAGGAGCGAUCUUGGAGGCGGCGGACGAGAGGCUCGCCGGAGACUUCGAUCGGAAGGAAAUGGAGCGCGUGAUGGUGGUGGGAUUGUGGUGCGCGCAUCCCGAUUGCAAGCUCCGGCCGACGAUCCAGCAGGCGUUCAACGUCCUGACAAUGGAGAAGGAACUGCCAAGUCUACCGCUGGCGAGGCCGCGGCCGAUGUAUCACCAGCCGUCGUUCAAUUCGGCUUCCGCGUCGACCAAGUUCCUGAGUUGGGCGAUGAAUGGAACUGGAAGCACUACUGCUUCUGCCUCUUUAGUGAGCUCUCUGGCAACGACUACCAUUGCUGCCCCAACAGAGCUCGAAGCUAAUUGAUAUCGCAACAUGAACACGCCUGAAAUCUUGUUUGUUCCCAUAAUUGUUCGUAAUUGAUCAAGGACAUCGAAAAUACCAUUGUGAUGUGAUUCAUUAACACUUCAAUUCUCAUCUCCAAUUUCAUUCUUAC